UUCUUCCGGUGUCAUGGCGUCAAAGUGCCUGGAGCUUGUUACUGAGAGCACUCCAGCUGGAUCGGCUCCUUUCUGUGAUUUAUACAAGCUAUAGGCUGCAUAGAAAAGACUCUAGGAGACCUUCAAGCUGCAUAAUGGAAUCAGUGACGUUUGAGGAUGUGACUGUGACCUUCACCAGUGCGGAGUGGACUUUGCUGAGUGCAUCCCAAAAGCAGCUCUACAGAGAUGUGAUGGAGGAAACCUUUCAGAGCAUCAUGACUAUAGGAAGACUCUUGGGUAACCAGAAAGUGGAAGAAGAGUGCAGUAACCUCUGUAGAAAUCUAAGAAAUGAAGAUGUUGAGAAAUACCAUCUAUAUAAAGAACCCCACUGUUGGAGAAUUCAAGAUAUCAGAACUAAGGUAUUGGACUUUGAAAACUGACUGGGGCAAUCAAGGACAUGGAAACAAUCAGAGAAGUUUAUAACAACGUUGAAAUGAGACAGAACUUAUGAAUCCUGUAAGAACAAGAUGACACAAAUUCUUCACGGUACAUAGUUGUAAAUCUUACCUCUAGCAAAACAGCAACAUAUAGCUACAGGGGAAGAGGGGGGAACUUUAGCAAGAUUCAUCUCAAUGUCCCAUUUCACCACAUGACCAUAACUUGUCUUUAUAGGAAAUCAUUAUUUACAGUCAUCUGUCCAGAAUAUGUAUAUUAUGUUAUAUCAACCAUAACAACACUUUGAAUGGAAUGCUCAUCAUCUGUGGAACUUUUCUCAGGAGCAUGGUCACUACUGAAUAUUAUGAGAUUAAUGCCUUUAUUCUAUUCCCUAAUGCACUGAUGCCAAAAUAUUUUUGGUAAUUAUUGUUUUUACAUAGGAAGCUAAAAUACUGGCACCAAGAAAAAUGAAACUCCUCACAUACAUCAAUCAACUUAUUAAAAACAGAAAUGUCUGAAAUUUUUAUUUAUCCUGUGUUCUUGACCAUUUUAGGAUACAUUACUAUGAUGAUAUUUUUCAUCGAUUGUUAAGGUUAAUCAUCUAGUUUUUUUUUUUUUUUUUUUUUUUUUUUUUUUUAAUUUUUAAAGAGGGUAAAAUUAAACAGAAAGAACAGAUCACAAAGUAACAAUGUAAGAAACACAGAUUCCAAAGCAGGACAACUGGAGAUCUUCACUGUCUAUAAUAUUGUCUCUUAUAUUCUUCCAAAUAUUUGUCCAGAUUUUCACAUAGAAUGAACUCAUACAAAACAAAAUAGUAUGAAACGGAUCAGAACCCGAUGAUGAAAGUAUUUUAGGUCUUCAAGACCAAAAAAUCAGGAAGUCAAUAAUGGCUGCGAUAAUGUCUCUCAUUCUUUUCAAAAUAGAUGUUCAUACUUUCAUGUAUGUUGAAAUUAAAUGAAAUAAAACAGAAUAAAAUCAGUCUGAACAAAA